CAACUGCAACUUGCACGCACGCCGCUGCCGAUUCAACAUGGAGCUCUUCAAACUGUCGGGGCGAGUGAGCGGUGGCGUUUGUCAUCGGUGCCGGCACAACACGGCAGGUCGACACUGUCAUUACUGUAAAGAAGGAUUUUAUCGCGACUCCAAUAACCCCAUCACUCACCGGAAGGCUUGCAAAGCCUGUGAUUGCCAUCCGGUUGGCGCCUCUGGGAAAACCUGCAACCAGACAACCGGACAAUGCCCUUGCAAGGACGGUGUCACUGGCAUCAUGUGCAACCGAUGUGCCAAAGGGUAUCAGCAGAGCCGCUCGCCCAUCGCACCUUGCAUAAAAAUACCUGAGCCAGUUCCCGUCAGACCUAAUGGAAGUGGAGGUUACUCGCCGUCGUACUGCGGGAAGUGCCGGGUCAACAAACGUCGACUAAAGCUCGUCAAAUACUGCCGCAGAGACUAUGCCUUGGUCGCGCGCGUCAUCAACAAGGAAGUUCUGGGAGAAUACACGAGAUACGACAUUCAGGUGACCAAUGUUUACAAGCGAACCCGCACUGUCAGGGUCAGAAGGGGUGGAGAACAGCUGUGGGUCAAGAACACGGACCUCGAAUGCAAAUGCCCUAAGAUCAAAAUUGGAAAGGAAUAUUUAAUCUUGGGCCGAACCGACCGCCGAAAACGCCCGGGACUCGUGAUCUCCAAACAGAGCAUCGUCAUCGAGUGGCGCAGCGACUGGCAGAAGCGCAUGCGCCGCUUCAUGAAGAAGGCCUCCAAAUGCAGGCCCUCCAGAUACUGAAGAGGAGCGGCGCCCGAGAUAUAAUUUGUCGGGAGAUAAGGAAAGUGUCACUCCGCGGACUCUGCUUAACGGGAAAAGAGGAAGAAUUUCUACUUUUUAUGUUCACGGAGGUUUUUAGGGUUUCCAGAAAACCAAAACACAAAAAAAACCCAUAUUUUAAUUUCUUGUGCUUUGGAAACUGUAUUUUUUCAUUGCGUUUUUAAUAACAGCAUCUUUUUUGCGCUUGGAGAGAAACGUUUAAUCAAGUAUGAUGCCCUUAAUUUUAUACCAGUACGCAAAUGAAAAUCAGGAUUCAUCGUUGUACAAAAAGGACAUUUUGAUGAGUGGGGAGGAUAAAAAGGGUUUGGGGAUUUUGGGGGGCGGGGUGUUGGAGUUCAUGAAGAGAAAUUUUGAAUCAAAAACCGAAUCAGCCUGAAAGGGUUAUCAGUAUAUCACAGGGAACAGUCCUCAAGAGGGAUGGUGAAGCCCCACCCCCUUCCUCGAAUUAGGACAGAUUGAGUGACCGGAUUUCGUCGUGGGGGUGGAUGGGUUGGACGUCAGAGUUGUGAGCACGUCACUCUCAGUUGGUGUAGGAGUUGAGCCCCGAGGACGUGGAUAUUAAUUUGAGAGAGAGAGAGAGAGAGAGAGAGAGAGAGAGAGAGAGAGAGAUGGAAUCCUUGUGGGCCUUUGAUCAUAUCACUCACUUAGCUUAAACCCGUAGUAGGCUAGAGCAGUGACCUGAGCUGCUGAUAACUUUAAAAACUGCGUUGUAUCAAUGUUCAGGAAUGUCAAAACUAAUAAUUGUUCACAUUAAAUAUAUAUAUGAAAUGGCUAUUCAGCCAACCUUUAUUGCUUUAUGCUCUCUUUUUAAAAACUGUACAUAAAUAAGCAUUUAUGUGCAUUCAUUCAAUCAAUCAUGUUCAUAACAGAUAUCAUAUAUUCACUUAGGCUUAGUUCUCUUAGUUCACGUAGCACAAGCCCACACCGCCCCCCUCGGCUGCUCAGCCAUUUCGGAUUUUGCUCUUUCGUCGUACGAAGGUUAUUUCGCAGUUUGGAAUAAAAUGACUUCAACAGUAAAUCAAAAUUUCACGGAUUUACAAGCUAGUGGUAACUAGCAUGGGUCCCAUCGGUUAAGGUACGUUGUUGUGUCUUUGAUAAACCUCGUUACCUGUAGUUGUAAUUAAAUGACAGACUCACGAUUAUUGUUGCUUUUCGUUUCGCAAAGUUCGAGUUUCGUGAAUCGAAGAAUCACCGAGUUUCAAUGUCUUGAUUGUGAGUUGGCCUCUUGAAUUAUUUAUUGGAGUGGGGUUAAGUUUAUUGUAAGGGGGUGUGAGCAUUGUAUUACCUGUGCUUCUGCUUUCCCACUUCCCCUUUGUGGUGUGGGUACUGGAAGUGGGGAGGGCGUCAUUUAGUUAACAGGUGGACGGGACACCACCCCGCCCGUCGCUCUCAAGUUCCUAAUUUGACUAUUGUAUUCUAAUGUUAUGUUGUAAGUUGGUCCUGUGCAGUGACAGUUUGCAUCUUUAUGCAGUUUCCAUAAAGUUUAGGUCUUCAAUAUGCAAAAUUGCAUGCUUCUGUGGAUUCUCUGAAAUCCUGCCCCAAAAGGUCUUAAUGAGAGUGCUACUUUGGUUAACUUUGUUUAUGGUUGUUUAUGGAAAUGCGUCAAAGUUGGAAUGCUUUGUUUAAUUUUGUUUUAACUUGGUUUACACAUUAGCUGUCCAGGAUCAACCCGAUAGGUAGAGCGUUCGUGUAUUGCUGUAUAUGUUGCCAUUUGUGUGAGUACUUAACACACCUCUUGUAUGCUCUAAAACAUUACUACUACACCGACAUAUAAACAGAACCAAGGUCACCGCUUCUCACUUGAGUCUUACACCCAUAUUGGGUAUUACUAAUAAGCUUACGUUAGUGACUGUAGCAGGAAUUAUUAAUAGAACUUAGGGCAUAAGAGAAGUCUUUUUUUUUUUUCUAUAUUCAUUUUUUCUCGUUAGCUAGCAUUCUUCCAAAUCAGUUCUUUAACGCACAGUUUUUGUUAUUGGACACCCUUUGAUGAAGAAUUUGUUUUAAAAGCUUGGAGUUUUGUUUGGAAAUUUUUUUUAAGUAUUUCAAGGUGGCUGGGCUACUUUGCCGUUUUGUAUUUUGUCCUGUGUCUAAAUUGCAAACAUUUGUUUGUUAAGUUUUGUUUUUGUCCAUUAUCUCCAGAGGCUAAAGAAAACCAGGAUAUUAUUUUUCCCAAAGAUUUUUUUUUUGCUGUAUUUGUUUUAUGGAAGUAAUCUUCCAAGACUUGUGCAUUUUCAAAUAUUUUUUUUAUAUAAGAUAUCAUAAGUUGAAUGGCUGAAGCUAUUAAGAAAAUCGGAGUAGGUCGAGCCCAUGUACAUUUUUUCCCAACAUGCAUGCACUCGUGGGAGAUGUUUAUAACAACAGUAGGAUGAUAGUUUGUACGUGCUAAUUUUUCUUAAUUAGGAUUCCCAUUGACCUCGUACUUUUUUUUAUUCGGUAUUCAGUUCUGUGGAAGUUUGCUUUGCAAAUUCGUGGUCUUUCUGGCCGUUCCACAUGAAUGUGCGCACAUGAAGAGCAAUAACGAUGAAUUACACUUAAUUUCAGGAAUAUCGUCCUUUCUGACGGGGAUGCACAUGAUGGCUAUCAAAUUCACGCAUGGAAUGAUGAUUCAGGUGUAAUGAGAAUCCUCUUGUUUUCAUGUGAAAUUUUCCGCAGUUCAAUAUUUUUUUUUUCAAUAAUAGAUGACGUAGUUUCAGCCAUUUUAAGAUAUAAACGAUAAACGAUGUCAUUUCAUGAGUAGAAAUUGUAAGUUCGCUUGUUCUCAGAAUGGAAUAUGUCACCACUUCAGUCGUUCCGUUCGGCAGAGUUGAUUGUACUGAAGCAUUUUCAAGGGGUAUCCAAGUUUCCUGUUUCUCCGGCUUUGACAUCUCAUCUUUUAUGUCUUACGUCAUUUCCUUCCACCCAGAACUCUCACGUUAAGGAAAAUUCAAGAGUAAUAAAGAGAACUCGAGUACCUUCGAUAUUAUGCAUUUUGUAUUUUGUACAGUAAACCUUUGGAAGCAGAAAAAAUAUAAGAGACUUUGUAACACAAUUCAUAUUUAUGCCAUAAUCAAGAGACAAGGACCAUCAUCAAACGGAGCAUUUUCAUAAAAGAGCGACAACCCUAGUCACAACAUGUUUCGACCGAUGAAAGCAGCUGCACAAACUAGUUAAGUAAUGGUCUACUCACUGAAGCUCUGUUUUUCUGUUUCUUAUUGCUUUAUACUUUAAAAGCAGCUGUUUUUCGCUCGAUGCAUGAUUGUCCCAUAUUACGCUAUGUAAGUAGCAUUGUUGCCUUGAAAUCGGGUGGACAUUCUGGCAAUAAUUGCGUGACAUUGCUUUUACCCCAUAAAAUAUAUAUAUACUAUACAUAUUUAUCUUUUUAUAACUGCAUUACUGUUACAUCAUCUAGCUUGGACUCCGCAUAGUUUUCAUGCUUAAUUUCAUAC